AAGUAGACAAAAUGACCCCAACAAUACAGUUACUCAAAUGGAUUACUUUUUGACCACUCCUGCCCCAACCGUUCUCACAACACAAUCACAACAAAGUGGGCAAAACACCAUAUUCCCAGAAAACAACAAACCGAUUGGGGCUUCUGUGCCCACUCCAGUUAGCAUAGGAAAAACCACAAAAAUUUCUACACCAAUCAUCACAACAAACACUGUACCUAAUUUGGUACAACAACCUAUCCUGGCAGUCGAUUUACAACUCUCUGAUCUUCUGGGGCUCUCCGGACCUGAAAACACAUUUACAACCAAGCCCAACCUGUUAAUGGCUAACAACCUAGCCUUUUUACCUAACUCUACUACCAACUCCCACCAAGACUUACCUAUGAACACCCAAUCAAAUGCUACAAUCGAAUCCUUACCAAAAAGAUCCUAUGCUACUGCACUUACGGGUAACCAAAAACCUAAACCCCAACACAAAUUUUCGGGCCACCGAGACUUCAAAUAG